UUGCUGAAAAUGGAAAUUUUUAUUACGGAUAUCGAUGUGAAGGACGUAAGAUUCCCAACGUCUCUAUUGGCAGAUGGUAGCGAUGCUAUGCACACAGAUCCAGAUUACUCCUGCGCUUACGUGACACUAAAGACUAACAAAGGGAUCGAGGGAUAUGGAUUAACAUUCACUUUGGGCAGAGGAACAGAAAUUGUUGUUCAAGCAUGCAAAUCGAUGUCUUAUUUAGUAAAGGGCCAGAAAGUUACCGAAAUUUUUGCAAAUUUUGGAUCAUUUUGGAGGAAAUUAACUAGCGAAACGCAAUUAAGAUGGCUGGGACCAGAAAAAGGCGUCACUCAUCUAGCCACAGCGGCCAUAAUAAACGCUUUGUGGGAUCUUUGGGCCCGAUUGGAGAACAAACCAGUUUGGAAAUUACUGGUAGAUCUAACUCCUGAGCAAUUAGUUUCUACGAUAGAUUUUAGAUACAUCACCGACGUUAUUACCAAAGAGGAAGUGAUAAAAAUGCUCAAGGAGAGCGAAAAGGGGAAGACGGAACGGGAAGAAUUGUUAAAGAAAAAUGGGUAUCCGGCGUACACCACGCAAGUGGGUUGGCUCGGGUACAGCGAUGAAAAAAUGAAAACACUUUGUAAAAAGUUCUUGGAUCUCGGUUUCACGUCGUUCAAAGCGAAAGUUGGUCAAAACUUAAAGGAUGAUAUCAGAAGAUGUAAACUGAUACGUGAAAUGAUAGGGAACGAGAAUAAAUUGAUGGUGGAUGCGAAUCAAAUCUGGGACGUUAAUGAAUCAAUAGAGUGGAUGAAAGAACUGGAACAAUUUAAACCGAUUUGGAUCGAGGAACCCACGUCGCCAGACGACAUCUUGGGCCACGCGAAAAUCGCUGAGGCGUUAAGACCACAUGGUAUCGGUGUUGCUACCGGUGAAAUGUGCGCCAAUCGUGUUAUUUUUAAACAAUUAUUACAAGCGAAGGCGAUCGAUUAUUGUCAGAUCGAUUCAGCUAGAAUCGGAGGAAUUAAUGAAAUUUUGGCUGUCUAUUUUAUGUGCAAGAAAUUGGGAGUGCCUGUGUGUCCACAUGCUGGAGGAAUAGGUCUCUGUGAGAUGGUUCAACAUCUUCAAAUGUGGGACUUCGUUUCUCUGUCUGGAUCUACUGAUGAUCGUGUAAUAGAAUAUGUUGACCAGCAACAUGAGUACUUUGAGCACCCAGUGAGAAUUCACAAUGCUUGUUACAUGCCACCGAUGUCUUCAGGAUACUCUACUAAAUUAAAAGAUAACUGUAUUAAAAAUUACAUACACCCUGAUGGUAUACAGUGGAAGCAAAUGUACGAGAAGGGACUUUUCCAAAAAAUAUCUUGCUGAAGUGGACAUUUGGUUAAAACUAUGGUCUAUUAAUUCAAAUUGAUUGUAUAAUUGUUGUAUUGAGAAAAAUGUACAUUUUACAAAAAAGACCAGAAAAAUCAAUAUCUUUGAAAGAACAGCACCUGAGUUAAUUAAUUUAUGGAAUAUUAAAAAUUAUGUAUUGCUUACAUGUUUAUGUAACAAAAGUUUACCAUCCCAUAUAUUAGAUCUUCUAGUCCUUUAACCAGUUCAAAAUAUCUUCUAAGAAGAUUCUACUGGUAAUAAUAAGUUAUAAUACACAACAUGUAUUAACUACAGGGAUU